AUGUCGAUCGAGUGUGGCCUUCCUACUGUAUCUGUAUGGCAACUCUUGAAGGGGGCAUAUAAUUUGCUCAAGGAUCCGGUGGUAUACGCCAUGUCCUCCAAGAGCUUCUUCGACAGUCUUAAGGAGGAAGUCGGGAAACUGGAGAACGAGGCUCGAAGGGUCGAAGCUUUGGCACAAGCGGCCAGAAACAAUCUUCGGAAUCUCAAUGAAGUCUUCACGGAGUGGAAGAAAAGGGCCGACAAGGCCUCGGAGGACGCGCGGAACCGGUGGGAGGCUUUCGAGGAUAGCAAGAGUUGCUGCUACGGGAGACUUCCCAACCCCUAUUGUCACUAUAAGUUCAGCACGGAGGCCGAGGCCGAGAUCAAAGUCAUUCGGGAUCUCGCUCAAGAAAGCAUCAGAUUCAGGGGAGUGGACGACAUCUGCCUCGUCGGUACUGCUCCUGCUCCGACUCCGGCCAGGAGAGAAGGCAAAGAUGUCGUCCAGCCGACCACUGCAGCGGCCUCCAUUUUAUCUGCCUCGAUGUCCGUUAAGCUUAGGGACCAUGACGUCUUCGAAUCCAGAUUUUCGAUGAUACGGAACAUCAUGGACGCUCUUGCUGAUAACAGCAAGAGCGUGGUCGGGGUUUACGGGAUGGGCGGGGUGGGCAAGUCCACCCUUUUGGAGGAUGUCAAAAGGAUACUAAUCGAAGAGAGGUCGUUUGAUAGGGUCGCUAAGGCUGACGUGUCGAAAAAUCCAGACAUCAAGACCAUUCAGGGAGAGAUUGCGGACGCCUUCGACCUUACCGACAUAAAGAACAAAGAGACUAUCCCCGGGCGAGCGGAACUUCUGCACAGGAGGUUGAAAGAAGAGGAGAGUAACAAAAAGAAGGUCCUCAUAAUACUGGACAACCUUUGGGAGAAGCUGGACUUGAAAUCAGUCGGCAUUCCUUGCGGCCAUGACAACAAAGCCAUAGGAUGCAAGUUGUUGUUGACGUCGAGACAUCAACAUCUUUUGCAAAGGGAAAUGGGCUGCGACAGGGAGUUCCUCCUUGGUGAGCUGGAGAAGGAAGAGGCAAGAGCUUUGUUUGAGAGAACGGUGGGAGACAAAGUUCGGGAUAACGAGUUCAAGCCCUGGGUGGAAGUAGCACUCCACAGAUGUGCAGGCGUGCCUUUCCUCAUUGUUGCAAUGGGGAAACUUCUUAAAUGCGCUGCUUUAUAUGAAUGGAAGGACACUUUGAAAAAAAUCGAGAAGUUUAACCAUAGAGAAAUCAAUGGUUUGAUAGAUCAUAUGCUGCAAUGGAGUUAUGAUGGAUUAGAAGGGGAGGCAAAGUCAUUAUUACGACUCUGCGUUGUUUACAGUGUCUCCAAGCCCUCUCUUGAAAACUUGGUGAGGUACGGCUUCGGUUUGGGGUUAUUUCGAGGAGUUAGAAGCAUGGAAGAAGCUGGAGAUAGGUUGCGCUCACAUAUCCGCGCUCUUCAGGCCUCUGCCCUUUUGUUAGACAGCGAAGAUGUUGGUGAUUUCAAGAUACAUGACUUAGUUCGCGAGUUUGUUGCCUUGGCCUCUUCGAGAGAUCACCACCCUCUUAUCGUGUUGGACGAUAAAGUUAAGUCAAUAACGCAGUUGCCGGAGGACGAGCUCGAAAGCUGUGAGGCGAUGUGCUUUUCCAACAUGAAGGAGCUUCCGCCAGAAUUAAAUUGCCCCGAAUUGCGCAUCCUUUUGAUGUCCACAAACGACGCUUCUCUUCACAUCCCAGAUUCAUACUUCAACUCUAUGAGGAAUCUCAUGGUCUUAAAUCUUGCACGAGUAGGUCUCACUCGCUCUCCUUCGCCAUUUCAAUUGUUGGCAAACGUACACACCCUGUGUUUUCAGAAUUGUUCAUUUGAGGAUGUGGCCAUUCUUGGCAAUCUAAAAGGGUUAGAGAUUUUCAGCAUUGUGGACUCCGAAAUCCAGCGAUUACCGAAAGAAAUUGGGCAACUAGUAAAGCUCAGGUCGUUAGACUUGAGCCGUUGUUCAAAUCUUGAGAUAAUUGAACCGGGUGUGCUUCAAAGCUUGACCAACUUAGAGGAGUUGUACUUGAAGCAAAGCUUUCAUCAUUGGAGUGCAGGGGAGCAAACUCAACCAACUAAUGCAAGUCUGAGUGAAUUGAAUCACAUGAAGAAACUAUGCACUCUGCAUGUGUCCAUUCCCGAUCCGAGGGUGCUCCCAGACGAUCUAUACGUCGAGAAAUUAACCAAGUAUGAAAUCCGAAUAGGUGAAGAGUGGCGGCGCUGGUGGAACGGUUGCAAUGGAUCGAGGACAUUGGAGCUCGAGUUGGGUCCAUUCAGAGACGUUCUUCAAAAAGUGUGCAUAAAAAGUAUCUUAGACAAAACUAACGAUCUGCUUUUGAGCAGGUUGGAUGGAAGCGAGCAAAGUAUUUGUGCGUUAUCUCGAAAAGGUUUUCCAGAAUUAAAGCAUCUACAGGUCAAGAAUAGUCCCUCCGUCCGUUACAUCCUCGAGUGCCCUUCCCUUCCCGCUUUGGAGACGUUACUUCUCGAGAAUCUAAUCAACUUGGAGAAGAUAUACCACAACCAUAUCUCCAUCGAGUCCUUCAGUACGUUAAAAGUAGUACGAGUUGAAGGUUGCGACAAGAUGGAAGUCCUAUUUCCUCGUUCGGUGGUGAGACAACUUCCACAUUUAGAAGAGAUCAAAGUUGUCGAUUGCGAGUUAAUGCGGGGGAUUGUAGAAGCUGAUGAUGAUCGUAGUAAACUUGAGCUGCCUAAGUUGCGUGUAUUGGAAUUGCUUCAACUGCCAAAUAUCACUAAUUUUUUCUCCGCUGGGUCGUCGCCUUCGAGGAGUACAUCGGACAACCAAGUGGGCACUCAAAUUGCAUUCUUCAACGGACAACAGGUUGACUUUUCGAGAUUGGAGACAUUAGAAAUCAGUGACUUGGGUAACCUCAGGUUUAUGUUCUUCCCUUCCAUGGUUAAAUCUCUCAUAAAACUGAGAAAACUAAGCAUAAGGAAUUGCAAGAUGGAAGCGAUCGUUAUGGAGGAAGAAGGGUUGGGAAUGGAAGCAUCGAAAAAUCUUGCAUUCCCGAUGCUAAGCGAUUUAUGCUUAAAUGAUUUGGGAAGAUUGACAUGGAUCCAUCCUCGCAGUACAAAUGAUGACAUUCUUUUCAUCCAACAAAAAAACAAUGCGGGUUCGCAAGAAGCUCGAAGUCAAGACAACGUCCAAUCAUGCUCCACUGCACUCUUCAAUCGAGAGGUUGCAUUUCCUAGCUUGGAGACAUUAGACAUCACUGGCAUGGACAACAUCAAGAUGAUAUGGGACAAUCAAGCUGCUGCGGAUUCUUUCCCUAAGCUAAAAUCGCUUUGUGUGGAUGGAUGCAAUAAGCUAAAGUGUGUAUGGGAUAAGGAACUCCACCAUCAAGUUAAUUUCCGGUGUCUACAUUCUAUUAGCGUUUCCUCCUGCAAGAGCCUCGCCUCUCUGUUUCCAGCCUCGAUAGUUAGAGACCUAACGCAACUUGAGGAGCUGGAGAUCCGUGGCUGUGGCAUUGCGGAACUCAUCGAGAAGGAUGAAGGAGGCACAUUCCCCAAUCUCCAAGAGUUCAAAUUGGAUUUAUACGAACGGAUGGAGAUAUGGCAUGGGGAUUUUCAUGAUGAGGAAUUCUUCCGCAAGCUUAGAGUUCUUGAGCUUCGUCGUCUCUCCAAGGAAUCUACAACAUCCACAAGUCGUUUUAUUGAGAGUUUAACCAACUUGGAAGAGCUAAUCGUACGUGAAUCUUAUCUAGAAGAGCCAAGCAGCAAUGUGGAAGCCUCGGAAGGCCCUAGUCAAGAGCAAAUGAUAAUAUUACCCUUUUCAAGACAAAUUAAACAUUUGAAGGCUCUAAAUGUGUCGGAUUGUGGUGGGUUAUCAAGUAUGUUUACACCGACAAUAGCUGAAAAUUUGGUGGCUCUCACAAAAUUGAGGAUAAGUAAUUGCGGGAUAUUGACGGAAGUUAUUAGUGACAAGGGAAGUAAGGAGGGGCAUGAAGUGGCUUUCCAUCAUCCGAAAUGUAUGGAGCUUGAUGGGUUGAUAGAGUUGAAAUGUUUCGGCUCAGCUACGGUUGCUAAGGCUAAGUUUGUGCGGCUGUUUGAGUUCCCCGAGCUCGUUGGAAAGUGGCACAAUGAACAUAAUCCUGUCAAUUCAUCUUGGCAAUUAGAAACCCUGGUGGUGGAUAAGUGUCCAUCAUUUAUUAAUGCUAUGCCAUCCAAAUUGAUGCUUGUUUUAGAGAAAAUGACGAUCUUGCAAGUGCGCGAUUGCGAAUCUUUGGAAGAAAUAUUCAAUCUUCAAGGGCUUGAGGCUGUGGAAAGCACUCGGGUGCUACCUCGCUUAGAGAAUUUGAACUUCCUCAAUCUACCAAAGUUGAGGCAACUAUGGAACAAAGAUCUUCAAGGAACGAUGCGCUUCAAUGCUCUAUCUUCUUUGACUCUUUAUAAAUGCAGCAACUUGAGACAUGCUUUCACUCCAUCAAUGGCUUGGUGCCUUGCCAAUUUAGAAUAUAUGGAAAUAAAGGAGUGUGAUCAGAUGGAAGGAGUGAUCGAAGAGAAGGAAGGGCAGGGCAGCGCAAUGGAGAAGAUUAUGUUCCCAAGGCUCGGUCAGAUGAUACUGAAAUGGUUGCCCAAUUUGACUAGUUUCCUAUCGGGAAAGAAUCAUGCGCUAGAUUGUCCCAAAUUAUAUUAUCUGAGGAUUGCCCACUGCCCCAAAAUGAGAAGUUUGAUGUGGCAGUCUUCAAUGGAUAUUGAUCAUAACACGCCUUCACUUUUCACUCCACGGGUACAAUUUCUUCGGCUCAGGUGCAUGGUUCUCUCUCACAUGGACAAUUUAAGCAAAAUAUGGCCCGACAAUCCUCAAGAAACUCUCACUUUUGACUCUCUACUGGAAGUGAAGGUCAAAAAUUGCGAGAGCCUGGAAAAUCUGUUUCCGUAUUGGGUGGCUACAAGUCUAACCCAACUUGGGAAGCUUCGAGUGGAAUCUUGUAGGAUCGAGGAAAUAGUCACUAAUGGAGACGACACUCGACACUCCAAUAUUGCUCAAGUUCUUUUUCCGAAACUAAUGUCUUUGGUGUUACAUGAUAUGACACGACUCAAGACCUUCUGCCCUAACUUGCCCACUUUGAAUUGGCAAUUCUUGGAGGAGCUGCGAGUGACUCACUGUGAUAAACCGAACAUGUUGUCUUUUGCGGCAUCCAUGAGCGAGUGGACUCAGAGAAAUGAUCAACAGGACCUUUCAAACCAAGAAGCGCACUCUUCCUUUGAGAGGGACUUUCCCAACUUAAAUAGACUUUUAUUAGUCGCUAAGGAUAUUCGGAUGAUACGGAAUGGGAAAUUUCCCGAUGACAUCUUUGGCAAGCCAAAAGCACUAACAUUGGCAUGCUUCCAAGAUGAAAAGGCCACCUUUCCUCCCAGUUUCCUAAUAGAGAGAUUUCAGAAUAUGGAAAGUCCGGAGAUCUUCCGUAGCUCUUUUGAAGAUAUAUUCCCCGCCGGAGGGAUUGUUGACGAGGGAAAACAUCCAGUGCUUGAAAGUUUAAGAAAACUUAAGUUGAGCAAGCUACACAAGCUAAAGCGUGUGUGGAGAGAAGACUUUCAAGUGCCCAAAAUUCUUCCAAGCAUCGAAACACUUGAGGUCCGGGAUUGUCCCGAGUUGACGAUACUGUUUCCUGCCGUGACAUCCUUCCAAAAUUUGACCAAGUUGGUGGUGAAAAAUUCGCCUGGAUUGGCGACGUUAUCAUCAACCCACCACAUCGGAUCUCGCCUCCAUCCCUGCAAAGGAUUCUUCGCGCGAGCUGAGCAUGGUUUCUGCUCUUCGUCGUCGUUGCUGGAGAAAAGACGAAAGCGCGACGCCGGAUAUGGCACCGCCGAGUCUAGACAGUCCUCACUUCGUCAACUUCAUACGCUCCUCACAUCAUUUCUCCGGAGAGCAUUUGCGAGAGAAACAAUUCUGUGUAGGGAGAUCUCUGCGUAUUUCAUGCUCGUCGAUGGAGAUGAUAUUGUGUUCGAAGUCUCAAAGCUGGAAAAGUAUUCUGGAAAGCAAGCAAAUUGCGACUGUCAGGUAAUCAGACAAGCCAUGGAUGGUGAAGCUGAGGUGCUAUGGACACGAUCGGGGCAUUUUUCUGCUGGUCUGCAUGCGGAGGAUGUUUGUGUGUUUACUCUCAUUGAUAGGGAUGAUGUUGUGUGCAGAGUCUACAUGUUCACUAGUGCUGGGAAUACCAAAGAGGUUCAUGAGAAAUAUGGUGAGAAUCUCUCGAAAGGGAUGCUUCUGAGAGUGUUGAACAGUCCAAUUAUUUGGCUUGCGGAAGUGGAAAAAUGUGAUGAGAUGGUUGCUAUGUUGGUGGAUGAGUUUGACAUAACAAAAGCUUUUCUCAUGUUAUGUUUGCGACUGCUGCAGGAGACACGUGUGUUCGAGCCUAUUAGAAGGGACGAUAUCAUGUUUGGACUAUCCAUCUUCAGAACCACUGAUAAGACUUGGGUGAACAAAGCUAUGCAACAGGACGCCGCAGAGGAAGCAUUGCUGUAG